AUGGGUAUUUGCUUCACUCCUUCCACUGGAACGAAAUCACAUUUCCCAUAUGAUUAUAAGAUUAACCCCAAAAGAUUAAGCUGCAUAAUUGAAUCUGUUAACCUCUUCGGGCUAUUCCUGUGGACUUUGAUCUGGGAUUGCCCAGAGCAUGGAUCUUAUGGCAUAGGCCAUGAACCUAGGGGAUUUGUCCGGUAUGAUAUCCAAUUAGGGGUGCAUGAUCCCUAUGAAAAUUUUGUCUCCGUAAUCAGGUUGUACAAGAGAAUGUGUGCCCAAGAUCACCAGGUGGGGGAGAUUGAAGCAUCCAUGGCUGCCCAACAUACCCAUAGCAUUGACUAUUGUUCAUCCAAAGAUCUUGAGAAGAUGACUCCAGAUGAACUUUUUGAGAUAUCCAGAUCAAACUAUAGAUGCUAG